UUUUUGGUCUAUAACAGUAACCCUCUGCCCACUUACAGUCGUCGGUGCUUUCUAUCUCUCUCUCUCUCUCUCUCUCUCUCUCUCCUCUUCGGAGUACCACAUCGACGAGCUGAGAUGGCGGAUUGCAGCAGAGGAAAUGGAGACUAUUUUGCUUCCCAAAACCAAGAGGCAGCAUCCACAGGGAAGAAGUACGGUGAACUGAUGCCAAAGAAAAAGCCAUUGAUUUCAAACGAUCAUGAACGUGCAUUCUUUGAUUCAGCAGACUGGGCAUUAUGCAAGCAAGGUGCUGGAGUAAAUCAAAAAUCAACAGCGGCAGUAGAGACCUUGCAACCAAAACUACAGAGAACACCGCACCAACAACUACCCCCAAGGAGACCUGCUUGUACAUCCGGUCGGGAUGGCGUGGGAGAGUGGAAGUGAUUAGAUCAGGUGUUAAAGAAGUUGUGUGAUCAUAUGUUGUUACAAAAAAUGUGAUUGGAACAUAAAUGGCAUACAUUGUUGAAUUGGGCUGAACGCUUUAUAUAUGUCUAUCAGCUUCUAAUAAAAAAGUUUUCAUUAUGUGGGAAAUGUUCAAUGUUGUAAUA